AUGAUGCUUCAAGCUUGCAGUUCCAGAGAGCUAAGCUACGAAAAUCUCCAUAACCCAGUUCAAAGCCACAUCUUUUCUUCACCAUGUAAGCUUCUGAAUCUCUACUCUCCAUUCAAAUCUAGGGUUCUUCUAGGGUUUAAUUCAUGUACUCAUCACAGCUCAGUAGAGACACAAGAGUGUUCAUUACACACAUCGCCCUUCAUGACUUGUCAAACCAUAAACAGAACUGUAAAUUCACAAACCCAGAAGCUAAACGCUAGAGGAACUAUUAGGGUUUAUAUAGGGUUUAAGCUUCAGUGCCAUUCAAGAACACUAGUUUUGCCCACCAAAACCAGAAUUAAUGGUAAAAAGAAGAGCUAUGGAGGUGUUUUGCCAUCGAUUUUACGGUCUUUGGAAUCCGAUACUGAUAUUGAGAAAACCCUUGAUUUGUAUUAUGGGAAGCUUAAUCCCAAAGAACAAACUGUGAUUCUCAAAGAGCAGACUAGUUGGGAAAGGGUUCUUAGGGUUUUUGAGUGGAUAAAGUCACAGAAAGAGUAUGCUCCCAAUGUAAUUCACUAUAAUGUUGUGCUACGGGCGCUGGGUCGGGCUCAAAGAUGGGAUGAGUUGAGGCUUAGUUGGAUUGAAAUGGCAAAAAAUGGUGUUUUGCCAACGAAUAAUACUUAUGGGAUGCUUGUUGAUGUGUACGGAAAAGCUGGUCUUGUAAAAGAAGCGCUUUUGUGGAUUAAGCACAUGAAGGUGAGGGGAAUUUUUCCUGAUGAGGUGACCAUGAAUACAGCCGUUAGAGUUUUGAAGGAUGCGGGGGAAUAUGAUCGGGCAGAUGGGUUUUAUAAGGAUUGGUGUGUUGGAAGGAUUGAAUUGGAUGAUCUUGAUUUGGAUUCUAUAGCUGAUUCUGAAUCUGGGCCAGGUGUGGAACCCAUUAGUUUGAAGCAUUUCCUUUCAACCGAGCUUUUUAGGAUUGGUGGGAGGAAUACUGGUAAAGUUCUUGCUUUGUCGGAUACUGAGAACUCUGUUAGGAAGCCCCGACUUACAGCUACUUACAAUACGUUGAUUGAUAUGUAUGGAAAGGCAGGUCGCUUGAAAGAAGCUGCAGAUGUGUUUGCGAGUAUGUUAAAAUCUGGGGUUGCUCCAGAUACCUUCACUUUUAACACUCUAAUAUUCACUUGUGGAAGUCACGGUUAUUUGUCAGAAGCAGAAGCUUUGCUUGGUAAGAUGGAAGAAAGGGGAGUCACUCCUGAUACAAAAACUUACAACAUCUUUCUCUCUCUGUAUGCUGAUGUGGGUAACAUGGAUGCAGCUCUUAGGUAUUAUAGGAAGAUUAGCGAGGUGGGUCUUUUUCCUGAUGUUGUGACUCAUAGAGCUGUUCUUCAGAUACUAUGUGAGAGGAAAAUGGUUCAAGAAGUGGAGGCUGUGAUGGCAGAAAUGGAGAAAGCUGGUGUGCGCAUUGAUGAGCGCUCUCUUCCAGUUAUCAUAAAGAUGUAUGUCAAUGAAGGAUUGACCGAACGUGCAAAAGUCAUUUUUGAGAAGUGCCAAAUGGAUGGCAGAUUGUCAUCAAGGACAUAUGCAGCAGUUAUGGAUACAUAUGCAGAGAAAGGACUUUGGGCUGAGGCUGAGGCAGUGUUCUUCAACGAGAGAGAUUUAGUUGGACAGAAAAAGAAUAUUGUGGAAUAUAAUGUUAUGAUCAAAGCUUAUGGUAAAGCGAAGCUUUAUGAUAAAGCUUUCUCUCUCUUCAAGGGCAUGAAGAAUCAUGGGACGUGGCCAGACGAGUGCACUUAUAACUCUCUCAUCCAAAUGUUUGCAGGAACAGAUUUAGUGGAGCAAGGCAGGGACCUCUUAAUUGAAAUGCGAGGAGCAGGGCUCAGACCACAGUGUGUAACCUUCUCUGCUGUUAUUGCAAGUUAUGCCCGCUCAGGCAGGCUUUCUGAAGCAGUCGAUAUCUACAAAGAAAUGGUUAAAGCGGGGGUAAAACCAAAUGAAGUUGUUUAUGGGUCUUUGAUCAAUGGAUUCGCAGAGACUGGCAGAAUUGAAGAAGCGCUUCACUAUUUCCAUGUCAUGGUGGAAUCUGGGAUUUCAGCAAACCAGAUAGUGUUAACUUCGCUGAUCAAGGCUUAUAGCAAAAUUGGGUCUGUACAAGGAGCAAAACAACUUUAUGAGAAGAUGAAAAUUUUGGAGGGUGGUCCUGAUAUCGUGGCAUCUAAUAGUAUGCUCAAUUUAUAUGCUGAUCUGGGAAUGGUAUCUGAAGCCAGAUUGAUAUUUGAUAAUUUGAGAGAGAGAGGUUGGGCAGAUGGGGUCACAUUUGCAACGAUGAUGUAUGUUUACAAGAAUAUGGGCAUGCUGGAUGAAGCCAUUGACGUUGCAGAGGAGAUGAAACUGUCAGGUUUACUGAGGGAUUGUGUUUCUUUUAAUAAGGUAAUGGCAUGCUAUGCCACAAAUGGGCAGCUAGUUGAAUGUGGCCAAUUGUUACAUGAAAUGGUAAAUCGGAAGCUUUUGCCUGAUGCCGGGACCUUUAAAGUAUUAUUUACUAUAUUGAAAAAGGGUGGCAUUCCAGUUGACGGAGUCAGACAGCUUGAGUCAUCUUACGAGGAAGGGAAACCUUAUGCCAGGCAAGCUGUCAUAACCUCUGUUUUCUCUGUAGUAGGUUUUCAUGCUCUUGCACUUGAAUCCUGUGAGAUCUUCGCAAAAGCAGAUACGUGUCUCGAUUCCUUUGCCUACAAUGUUGCCAUAUAUGCUUACGGGACUUCAGGGAAAAUCGACCAGGCACUAAACAUUUUCAUGAGAAUGCAAGAUGAUGGGCUAGAACCCGACAUUGUUACUUAUAUUCAUCUUGUAGGUUGUUAUGGUAGAGCUGGUAUGGUUGAAGGUGUGAAACGAAUUUACAGCCAACUAAAAUAUGGAGAGAUUGAGCCCAAUGAAUCCCUGUUCAAUGCAGUCAUUGAUGCCUACAAAAAUGCCAACAAACACGACCUUGCUGAAUUGGUUAACCAAGAAAUGAGAUUUGCUUUCGACACACAACAGUCUCCUGAUUCCGAGACUGAAGAUGAGCCUGAUGAAACUUCUGUAGAUUUUUAG